AUGGUGAGCGAAGUUCGCGUACUAGACGCGGAUCAAGUCCACUUCCUCACAUCCGUUCUUGCUCACGACUUUGAGCCCUUCCUUUGGACCGCGGACCCCCUCUUCACUGGAUUUGGUGCCGUCAGCAAGUGGGUGGCGGAUCGCAAGAACAACAUCGUCAAUUUUCACCCCCUGUUCGCAACGCCCGAGGAGGAAGAGAAGAAGGCGUUCCGACAGGCAAUUGAUCGUUUCUUCCGUGAUCAUUACCAUUGCCUCCGAUUCCGUGGCGGCCAGGAGCUCAAAAAACGCACUAGGAGAAGUCUUGCUGGCCCUCCGGUGAACCGGAAGAUCGGUCGUCCCAAGCAUGGUCAGCGCGUGAAGGAUACCCACUUGUACUCUCUACCGUCUCCCGUGCCGGGUGAGAGGAAUACGUUUGCAUCUUGUGGCUACAAGUUCAAAAUCAGCAAGCCUCUUCAGACUAGAUGGUAUUUUCACUGGGACCACUAUGUAGAAAACGGUGGACGCAUCAUCAAGGCUUGCGAGUUCAAUCAACGCAUGGAGAUCCCCGCGAUGGCUGUCAUUGUCCGCGACCCGGAGUGGCUUGCGAAUCAGGAGGGUAUGCAUAGAUACGUUGUCUCUCGCCCAUGGCCCUAG